AAUUUAUCUGACAUUCAAUUUACAAUGUUACUCUUGAAUCCAACCGCGCACGCCCCAACGCAAAGCCUCAAUCGACUUUGAUUCCUGACUUUCUUGUGAAUCCAGCCAAGUUCUCAACACCUCUCUCUCUCUCUCUCGCCUUUGUUUUUGUUUUCUCUCUCUACGAACUCUUCAUUCCAGAGUCAGAGUGAGAGAGGGAGAGGGAGAGGGAGAGAGAUGGAUUCGGAUCAGGAAUUGCCGGAGGGGACGGUGCAGAACAUACUGGAGCAAGAGAGUCUGAAGUGGGUCUUCGUUGGAGGCAAAGGCGGUGUGGGCAAGACAACCUGUAGCUCAAUCCUUUCGAUCCUUCUCUCUAGGGUUCGAUCCUCUGUUCUCAUUAUCUCCACCGACCCAGCUCACAAUCUCAGCGAUGCCUUUCAACAGCGAUUCACCAAAAACCCUACUCUCGUUAAUGGCUUUACCAAUUUGUACGCCAUGGAGGUGGAUCCAACUGUGGAGAAUGAAGAGCCACCUGGUUCAGAUGGAAUGGAUGGGUUUUUGUCGGAGCUAGCAAAUGCAAUUCCUGGAAUUGAUGAGGCUAUGAGCUUUGCCGAAAUGCUUAAAUUGGUCCAAACAAUGGAUUAUUCUGUAAUAGUAUUUGAUACCGCUCCCACUGGCCAUACUCUACGGCUAUUGCAAUUUCCAUCAACGUUAGAGAAGGGGCUAGGCAAAAUGAUGUCCUUAAAGAAUAAAUUUGGCGGCUUGUUAAGUCAGAUGACUCGCCUUUUUGGCGUUGAUGAUGAAUUUGGCGAGGAUGCAAUUCUGGGGAAAAUGGAGGGCAUGAAAGAUAUCAUUGAACAAGUAAACAGGCAGUUCAAGGAUCCAGACUUGACAACGUUUGUCUGUGUUUGCAUUCCCGAGUUCCUCUCUUUAUACGAAACAGAGAGACUGGUGCAGGAACUCACAAAAUUUGAGAUAGAUACUCACAACAUCAUUAUUAACCAAGUACUUUUUAAUGAAGAAGCUGUCGAAUCUAAGUUGCUCAAAGCUAGAAUGCGGAUGCAACAAAAAUACCUCGAUCAGUUUUACAUGCUGUACGAUGAUUUUAACAUUACUAAGCUGCCAUUGCUGCCAGAAGAGGUUUGUGGUGUAGAUGCUCUGACGUCAUUUUCAUGCCAUUUUACGUCACCGUAUCAACCUUCCAUUGAUGAAGGCACGGUAGAAGAGCUGGAGAAGAGAGUAGCAACUCUGACAGAACAGUUGAAAGAUGCCGAAGCAGAGCUAGAACGUCUUAGAAAAGGAAAGCAAAAGGUAUGAUGAUGGAAAUGAAAGAAAAGGUCUGACCAUUCUCUUGGCGACUAUUGUGUUUUUCUUUUCGUCUCUGGCUUUUUUUUUUUUUUACACUGAAGUUAUUAUGUCCACAAACAGGCAGAUACAAGUCUAUUAUUCAUUCGAUGCUCCAAUUAUGUUUGGAGAACCAUAAUCUCAUUCUUUUUUGUUUUCUUUUAUAUUUUUGGUGCCUUUUAGGUGGAUGGGGUAAUUUGCUAUUAUUAUGUAUGUCAUAAUCAAGUGAUGUAAGCUGUCUAAUAAAUGAAAAUGCAAAAUUGUGAUAUUACAAACACAAAACUAUUUCAGAUUGCUAUUUA